AUGGAGCAAUCAUAUUACCAGUCCCAGGCCGCCAUGGCCAGCUUCUUUGAUCCAAUGCAACAGGAUUCGAGUAUGUCCGCCUACUCGAUGUUUGGAGCAGCUCAGUAUCCCGAUAAUCUUGCCUUAUGGCACGAUCCAUCCGCUUCCCCGGCCAUACCUGCGCCGUCAUACCCGAAGCAAUCGACCAUACUCCAACCUCUACCGGACUCAAAGAAACACAAACGAACACGGAGUGGGUGCUUCACCUGCCGCUCUCGUCGCAUCAAAUGUGAUGAGGGUCGUCCCGUCUGCGAGCGAUGUCGCAAGGGAACUCGGGAUUGUGUCUACCCAUCCCCCGCAUCCUCUUCUAAGGGAGGCGCCCGCCCGUCCGUCAAAUCGCGGGGUGCGCGCCCUCCCUCGCAAGGGAGCGAUUCGUCGGGUCGGCUAGAAUUUGAUGAGAUAAGUCCUUUGGAGCCGAUCAUCGAUGAGGAAGAACCCGACAGCGCCGCCCCAGCAUCUCGCCCAUCGCCCUCCAGCACGACCAGCACAUCUCGGCCAGAUCUACACAGGACGCAGAGUGGUCAGUCCCUGCGGAAACCGAGUUUAAAACAAGUGCCCGAGUCUGGGUCGGUCAUGGAACCAGGCAGCUCACCCUCUACGGAGUCUUCGUCACGCUUCGAGUCCGUGAGUGUGCGGUCGGCCAGUGUCACACAGUCCACAACGGACAUGCUCAACGCGGCCCGACUACCGGAGCGCUUGCGAUUUUAUCUGAAUUUUCAUGAGGAAUUCAUCACUCCCGGCCAUUUCUUUUUAAGAGAGCCGAGUCGGGCUUUCGUUCAACACAGCCUCAUUGAGCUUGCUCUGCAAUAUGAGCCUUUGCUCUAUGCUCUGGUGGGCUUUGCCGCAUACCAUCACACCCUGCAAAGUCCGGGAGGAAAAAUGUAUACAUUCCUCAAAUAUUAUAAUAAAGCCCUGGUCCUCCUGCGCAAAUCUCUUGAAUCUGGCGAGGAACAUAACGAGGCAACCUUGUGUACAGUGCUGGUCUUGACCACAUUUGAGGAAUACACCGGGGAUUGGGUCAACCUGAUUGAUCAUCACCAAGCUGCGCACGCGUUAAUGCAGGAAUUGCUGACGCCGGACUCGUCCAACCUCAUCGAAUUACAUAAAAACAUCUUCCUCUGGUAUGCGCGGUUCGAUGUAGUGGCAGGAAUUUUGGCCGGUACAGAAGCAAUCCUCAGUCGAGAUUGGUAUCUUGCAAAAGAGCAGUUUGACGCGGAGCAAGCUGCCCUCGACCCUGACGAUGCAUCCAAACAGUUCUCGUUGGUCGCAUCGAUUAACCGCCGGUUCGGUCUGGAUCUGGCUUCCCUGUAUGCCAAACUAUCUCGUGGCAUGAUUCCAUUCGAAGAUUUUGCUGUGCAGAACGAGCUACUUGGGCAAACGCUUGAACGGGCCAAGGAUAUCAUGCGAACUUUCGACGACAGUGAAUACAGCGUUCGCUCGUACCCAAACAAGCAGCCUUUGACCGAAGAUGACAUCGUGGAUCCCUACGUUCCAGGUCGGAUUCACCAGGGUCCUCUGUGGGAUGCGAACUAUAUCUGGAUCGACCUUCUCUCGACCGAAUUGAUGUACAAAUAUCAAACCAUGCUCGCGUUGAGACAACCUCUUUUGCCGGAACUGACAAGCUUGGCCUGGGAACAGGCCCAGAUCAUGGAAACUAUCGAUCGAUGGCCAGACAAAGGCAACGGGGCGUGCAUUGGGUUUAAAAACAGUAUCGGACUCACGAGCAUGUUUCUUCCCAGAGACGACAAGAAUCAGACGUGGUGUCGGCACAGGAUUGCCCGGAUGGAACAAACCGGAUAUAUCAUCCAACCCAAAUUCCGUGAAGUCCUCGCUGCUCUUUGGCAACUCCCCGAACUCAUGGAAUGGUGGCUUCCCAACAAUGAAGGCUACCCAGAUCUGAUCCGCGAAGUUCGUGCCAUGACUGAUGAUCGACUCAAGCAGCCCCGUGACGACUUCCGUUCCGACGUUCGUGACAUGAAAUCCAUGUUUUGGAAACUGAAUGUCAAUGACGAGGGCGACGAGUUGAGCCCCGGGAGCAGCCACGGUAGCAGCCACGGUGGGUUCUCCUGA